UUAACCUAAAAAUAAACUUUGUCAUAAUUUAAAAUUGUUAAACAUGUACAAUUUUAUUAAACAAUUAGAAGAGAAAAAUGUUAAACAUGAAAUUACUCAUAUGGUAUGGAGUGAUCGAAUGGAUCUUGUAGCUUUUUCAAAUAUUAAAGGUGAAGUCGCUUUACAUCGAUUGACAUGGAGCAGAGCCUGGAUUCUCAACCCUCCUAUGGAAGGUGUUACUGUAAAAGGAAUUGUUUGGAGACCUGAUGGGAAAAUAUUAGCAAUUGCUUACAGCUCAGGUGAAAUAUGUUUAGUUGAAGUGGAACACAAGAAUAUAUUAAAUACGUCUCGUGCUGAUGGUGAUAUAUCAUGUAUGACUUGGGUACAAGAGAAGGUUGAAAUUGAUACAAAUAGUAAAUAUCAAAACUUUGAAGAAGAUGAUGAAAACAAGUAUAUGAAAGAUAUGGAUUUCUCUUCAAUAUUUUUAUCUGAACCAACACCACUGCCUUCAACAAAUGUAGAAGAAACUCCAAAUAAAAAUUUUCUUCAUAAUCAAAAUUUAUUUAAUAUAUUAUUAAUAGGAACAAAAAGUGGACUGGUUUAUAUUUCAAUUUUUGGAUGUUUUACAUGUGCUGUCUUGGACAUUAAUGAACUUGGUGGAUUUAAAUGUUCUAUAGAAAAUAUUCAUGUAAUUGAAGAUAUGAGUACAAUCUUAGUGACAGUAAAAGAUAAUGAAAACAAUAUAAAAAUACUUGGUUUAAAUUCUGAUAUACUUCGCACAUACAUGCCUGAAAUUUAUACACUUGCAAUGAAAACUGUCUACAUUAUGGAUCUAUUAUCUUAUUUAACAGAUGCAAUAACUAAUAUAGUUGAGUCUUGGGAAACUAUCUUAUUAGAAAUAGAUACAAAACUUGCAAAAUUUGCUGCUAUUGUCCCAAAAGGUGGAGUUACUGCUGACUUCUUAGAUUUGCUCAUGUUUGGUAUAUGUUCAUCUGAAAUGGAAAUGUUUCUCUUAUAUGAUUUGACUAAAAAAGGUCUAGAGAAAUUUGGCCAAAGCAUUGAAAUGAGUUAUGUUAACAUUCAGAAAUUGCUAUUAAAGAAUGUGACUAAAUUUGGCCAGAAUAUUACUUAUCAUCUUGCAGAAAUAAGAGGAAUGGCAAGAUUUGAACACAGAUAUAAGAUUCUUGGCUUAGCAGAAGAAAUUAUAACAGAAGGAAUAAGUGCUAAUGGUGCGUUUCUAAUAAAAACCGGCGAAAUGCAACAAAUUAUAAACCAUUCAUUAUCUAACUACCGAGCGUUCUUUAGAUGGUUAUACACGGCCAUAAUGCAUUUGAUAGAUGAACCCAUACCAUCUGAUAUUCACAAAAUGACCCAGCAAGAUUUGGCUUAUAUUACGGAAUUCCUUCAGAACUUCGACGAUAUCGGUCACCUCCCCACUGAAGAAGUUCAAAAAGGGUUUAUUAUGGAGAGAAUAGGUCAAUAUUUAACAGAUGAUUCUUUAUCAAUCCCCCCAAAUAUGGAAAAUAAUGAUUGGACCAACUUUCUUAAACAAAAUGAAUGCAUACGUAAUCAUACUUACAUAUUAAAACAUUUUGAAAAAAUGUCAUUGAUUCAACAGUUUAAAGAAUUAAAAAAUACACUGAAUAUGGUAUUACAGUGGCCUAAAGUCACAAUUAGUCAACAGUUUACCUGUGAGAGAAUAGUGAAUGCAUUCAACUUUGGACCAGAACCAUUAAGAAUGUCUGUGAUGAAUAUGAAUGAGGAUAUUGCUAUGUAUUCCUUUAUAGGUAGUAAAAAUAGGAUAUACUUUCUUCAAGUUUUUGUGGACAACUACAAAGUAAAGCAUGGCCGCUGCGGGAAGUUCUAUUUUACGAAUUUAUCUCCUGAUGGUUCAGAAGGUGAUAAUCUUUAUCAAAUAAUAGAUAACCAAUUUUUUUCGCCAAACACACUGUCAUUGCUGCUACAGGAUAAUAAAAACAAUAAAACAGCUAUUCUUUAUCAGUUUUAUCUAACAGAGGCAUUCGAAAAAUUAACGGAUGUAAAUUUAAAACAUGAUAUUGAUAGAAAUAAUUACCUUCCUGAUAUGAAUGCAACAGUACAGUUUUCAAAAGGCAUGAAACCUAUAACAGGCAUGGUAGCUUCUCAGUUUGCAAUUUCAGGUAGUCGAAAAGUUGGUAUUGUAUUAUCAGAAAAUAAAAAGAAAAUAAGACUGUUUGAAUUAGGUACUGAGGAGGAUGAUGAAGAUGAAGAUGAGGAUAUGACAAAUAGAACUAUGAGAGAAAGUGAUGUCAGCAUGCAAGACAAUAGCAUUGUUGUAUGAUAUAUAGAUGUGUCUAAUUUAUAAUUUUUUAUUUACUACAUUGUAAUAUAUAAAUAUUUUUUUUUAA